AUGAAAUUUAAUCUCUCGAUAGAAGCGAGACGAGAGACGAAUAUAGAUGGUCAAAUCGGCCGGCACGGCCCGUCAGACCCGGCUACAAAGCGUGCUGUGUCCAGAUGGGCCGGCGUGUCGCUGCCGCGGCCCAGGCACGGCCCGCCCACAGUCGACAUAGCAGUCGGGCACAGCCCUGCCAUCUCCCAGUUCAGCCCUGCCGCGGAACGCUAUUCGACGUCGGCCGUCGCGGCGGCGCCGGCCACCUUCUCCUCCUCCUCAAAUAGGGGUGGCGAGCGCCACCAUUCGCUGCACUUCUCCUUCUCUGGACGGGAUCUCGUUCCUUGCCUGCGUCAAGCGCGGAGUCGCGGAGCCGCCGUCGGAGAGCGCCCGUUUCCGGCCGGGCGGGCACACGAGAUGGCCCUAGCCAUCGGUGGCGUCCACGUCGACGAGUCCUCCGCGCUCGGGAGGAACGUGUUUGGCGUCAAAAGGGUGGUCUUCCCGGUUGCCGAGAUGCCCGUCCCGGCUCGGCGGCUCCUCAGGAAGCGGCUGAGGUCGGAGCUCGACGCCGUGCGCGACCUCCUCAGUAAGGCGGAGCUAUAUUCCUGCGCUUCUGGCGCGGCCGGCAAGGACGACGACCGGCUCUUCGUCCCCGAGGCGGCGGUGGAGGAUGACGGCCGCAGAAAGGCAUCUCCUUGCGCAGGGCGCAAAAGGGAGUCCACCAAGCCAGAUGAUAGGGAGCGGCUGGCCGGCCGCCUGGCCUCGAUGGCGGCGGUGCUGCCGGAUCACGUCGUCGCGUUCCUGCAGGACCGACGCGCUGGGGACGCAGAUUCCCGUGGCGGCGAUGGCGAGAUCGAGACGGACGUGCAGUCCAUGAAAGAUGGUGCUCUGUUCCAGCUGAAGGUGUUGCUGGACAAGUUCGCACCGGAGACCACGCCGAAGUUGGUGCCGCGCGCACCACGGGUUGGCUCCGGCAUCAGCUGCCUGUCGCAGGCGCGGCACCAAGAGGCAGGAGACAGAAUACCCCCGGUGCAAGAGGAAGGGCAGGGCAUCAACGUCUGCGGCGGCGUCUCUCGCAUAUCGAUCCAGGACAUCGCUGAGGAGUACGGCGAGCUCGUGAAUGGCAUCAGAGUUCAGCUCCUGUCGCCGCUCCAGCGCAAGUACGUCGAUCUCGCCGAGCAAGGCGGGUACAUUGACAUCUGCGGCGACGCCUCUCCUGUCGUGUUCCCGGCCAAGACCGGCGAUAGCAGCAGCCCAAACUUGAGCAGCAGCAGUGACUCCGAUGCAACAUCGUCGACUGAUUCCGACUCAAGCAGCAGCUCGCCGGAGGCUGGAGAACCAGUUCCGGCGCCUGAGGCUGAUCCUAUCCAAGGCAAACAUAAUACGCACUCGCAGCCACCAGAGCCGGCGCCUGAGGCGAUUCAGAUUGCAGAGCCGGAGAACCAGUGCCCGGCGACGGUGUGCGCGAUCACCAAAAGCCCACCAGCGCCGACGGUGCUCCCCAAGGAAUGUGGCACCCUUGCUCAGCAACCACCAGGCCCACCACCGCUAGAGCAGGCACCGGAAGCUGUCCAGAUUGCAGAGCCAGGGGAGCUUAAGGAGAAGUGCGUGGCGGCCGGGGCUACGAUGCACCCCAUCACUGGCAGCGCACCUCCGCCUGCGGUUCUUCCCAACGGGAAUGGCACCUCUUCUCAGCCGGCCCCGGUGGCGGCGCAGAUCGCACAGCCACAGGUGGUCCAGCCUGAGGGCGUCCGGCGCGCGCGGACCCAGACGAACGACCUGAUCGCCAUGGCGCGACAGGAGGGGAAGAGGCGUGCGAUGGCCAAGGCCCGCCGAGAGCUUCUCGAGCUGGAGAGGGCGGUGCUGCCCGACGAGCGCAUCCAUCCGCUGGACAUGGAGCUGCUGGGCAUCGCCGCGUUCGAGCACGUCGUGAGCACCGUGCGGGACGCACGCACGGCGCAGCCCCGGGUGAACUAUGGAGUUGGCCUCAGUGUCUCGCCCGGUCGCCCCAGCAUACUGCAGCAGCUGGGGCUCUUUCUGAAGGCCGAUGGCGGCGGCGAGGAAGAGGAGGGCGAGGAGGAGCGGCCGCCACCGUUGGCCGUCGCUUCUGAUGGUGAAGACAUGGACAUGGAGGUCGAGGACGGGCAGAUCCUGUAGGAACGUAGGCACCACCGCACCAUGCCACCAUGUAUGCAUCCGUCGAUGCAGCGUUGCAUCGUUGGUUUUGUACAACCCCUGAUUCCCUCACCAGGACUAAUUAACUGUUAGGUAUUCCCAUUCUCGAGCUAGUGGUUUUGCAUGGUUAACAAGCAGGAUAAUUUAUGUUUGUCUGUUUAUUUGUUUGUUGACGAU